GUCUUUAUAAGUAGCAUAGUUUCUGAUGUGAAAAAACGUACUAACUAAAAUAGCCAAAGCAAUAGUGUUUGUUGCUUUGAGAAUUGGGAGAAAUUGAACAUCCAAUCCAGAAUAUUAGCAGAGAAGCAAAUUAUGGUAAUCAUCAAAUCUCCGUUUCCUCUCAUCCUUUGCUGCUAUCUCUUGGUAUCUUUCGUCUUCUUCCCACAAGGAACAGUCUCUCGUAAACUACUGGGGGAAGAACGUCGCAAUCCUCCAAGCAGAGAAGCAAAAAAAAGUAAAUCACGAUCAGCACCAUCUUGGUAUGACCAGGUUUCAAGGACAAGCUCAUCUCCGUUCGUGAUGUAUUCUCGCCAGACUGCGAACAACCCCACAGACUCAGGAUGGAAUUGCAAAAACUCAACUACUAAUAAUGGUUUCGUACGAAAGUGUUCGAGUGCCAAUUCCUACAGCUAUAACCCCAAUCCAUAAAGUUUAUGUUUCGUAAUUUUGAGAUAAAGUGCGGCGUCGUUCUUUUUUUUUUUGGAUUCUGUUGUUGUUUGGUAUGUUUCACUCAUACCAGCCAAAAUGACAUUCAUGGCUGGUACACGAACUGUACGCUAGGAAAGAAAUGAAGAAAAUGAACAAAAAAAGAAAGAUAACCUUAAAUUGCUUUUCAAA